ACCGAAAGCUACACAACGCCACUGACACCGACAACAACCCCGUCCCCAUUACCAACCGACCAGCAGCAAUAAUCGGUAAAAAAUGAAGGUCGAACUUGAUUCAUUCAGUGGAGCCAAAAUUUUCCCCAGCAAGGGGAAGCUAUAUGUUCGCGGCGAUAGCAAAGUUUUCCGCUUCGUCAAUGGCAAAUCCGAGUCGUUGUUCCUUCAACGCAAGAACCCGCGCAGAAUCGCCUGGACCGUUCUCUUCAGACGUAUGCACAAGAAGGGUAUCUCUGAGGAAGUCGCCAAGAAGAGGUCUCGUAAGACCGUGAAGCACCAACGUGCUAUUGUCGGCGCUUCUCUCGAUGUCAUUAAGGAACGCCGUUCUAUGCGCCCCGAGGCCCGCCAGGCUGCCCGCGCUCAGGCUAUCAAGGAAGGGAAGGAAAAGAAGGCAGCGGCCGAGUCUAAGAAGAAGGCGGAGAAGGCAAAGUCUGCUGCGGGAGCUGCUCGUGGAGGCGCACAGAAGGUAUCCAAACAAGGUGCUAAAGGGGCUGCUCCCAAGGUCCAGGCUAGGACCCGUUAAAUCCAAAUAAAUCUAUUGCGCUUUUUCGGUUUAGGGUUUUCUUUGCACUUCCUUUGUUGGUAUGAUAGUUGGUGUGGCACUUCUUUCUUCUUGCCAAAAACGGUAUUUGUUCUUUGACGUUGGGAGCACAAAUGGACGGUGGAACUCUGAUAUAUUAGAGGUCAUUCGGGCGCCCGCAUUUUUCAUGACUUAGCCCUCUAGCUGUUACGGCCGGUGUGACCACUUUAUAAAUAUGGGACGCCUGCUUGCGUCGACGGGAAA